UUUCCGCUAGUUGUGUUUUCCUGUUUUGUUUAUUAUAAAGACGUAAUUUCUGGCGUCCUUUCAUUGUAUUUUCAAUGGAGCAAAAAUGAUUCUGCCCUUACUGCCUGGAUGACGGCGAAUCUCUCGCGUGAUAUGAAGGAAUGGGCAGAUCACAGUGCUGCUGCUACAGUGUAGGAGUUGCAACCAAUAUCUGGUUCCAUCUUGAGCAAGAAAUUUAAACUUAACUGAUUUUCUAAAAAGACGUUCAAAGGGUCAAUACUCACUGGUUGAUGAAAUAUGCACAAGCUCAAGCAAGUUUUCUGGCUAAAAAGGAGUGCUAAGAUAAAAAAAGAUGGGUCAGAAGGUGGCUAUGAGGAAGAGACUGAACUGUUUGAACAGGAGUGUGACGAUUUCAUGAAGGAAUUUGUAGCAAAGAUAUUCCUAGAAGAGAGUGUUAUUUCACAGGAAGAGAAGCUAAAGUUUGGAAUCCUUAAUCAGCAUAGUGCUGGGCGCCUUUCCUUCUCAAAACAUGUCGACAACCAGAGAGCCUACAGCAAGAGUGUACCAGAAACCAUCUUCUUCAGGCUUGUGCAAUAUUUUGCAAUUGUUUUAUUUGAAUGUAACCAAGCGGAUGAUUUUGAACCUGCCAAGAUUUUAAUGAACAUGUGUUUUACGUUCUUUCUUGAAGUCGACAGAGAUGGCGAGGAAGUGAUGAGGCAGUUUAUUGUUCCGUACCUGAGAGAUCAGCCUAUCUGGAAAUCCCUUCGGUUUUGGAACGCAGCGUUUUUCGAUGCUGUCCACAGUGAACGAGAGAUCCCUGCAAUUCCAAGAGAUUUGUGGCACAGCUGGUCGCCUCAGGAGCAAAGUGAAUACCGGGAAUGCGACAAAAACAGCACAUUUGGUAAACUGGGGACGUUUUUAAAUAACAUGAAGGCGUUUGGUCUGGACAACGACAUCUGCAGCGAAUUUCUUCAGAAGAUGAGUACUAUUGGAGAACUAAGUGAAGAGCAAGUUGUGCUUUUGGAGAACAGCUUGGCUCAGGCUAGUACAGACGAGCGGUCGAGGUAGUCAGUGAUACUCUUACAAAGGUGUAUUUGUUGACCUCAACUCAACAUUACGAACAGUUUUACCAGUUGAUGUCCUUAGAAGAUAAAGGCUUCCUGUACACGUUUUAUUUUUAAAUUAUAGAACGAAAAAAUAUAAUGCCGGUAACUUUUCACGGAAAAUAUAAUGUAAAUUUUCACGAUAUUGUAAAGGCAAGUGACACAAACUCUCCAUAAUUUAUUUGCAAUAUUUAUAACACGUCAGCGUAUUUGUAAGGCGCAUAAAAAGCAUUUUAAGAAUUUUCUCCCUUUUUACCUUGAAGCAUUUUCAAGCCCGGCAGUGGGUAUUGCCUCGUAUAGGGAUUUUGAAACGUUUGUAAAUGUAACAGGGAGGUAUUUGACCAGUUGUUUGAGCUAUUUAACUUUGCCAGGCUUGCAGCAACAGUAAUAUAUAUAAUAAUUAUUGAAAAAACGACGGCACUGGAAACGGUUAUACAAUAAAUGCAACCUCGGCUCUA